AAUAUGAUACAUGAGUAGAAAGUUUAAAUAGACUUAGUUGUGAUGGACCCAUAUGUAUAGUUUUGCAAGUUAUGUGGACUAGAAGUUGUAUUAUGUUGCCCGGAGUAAAUGUAGAAAAGACUCACUGUGUUAGUAUGAAAGGUAGAAAGACUCUAGAGAUGUAUAGAUUACAAACAGUUUACUUAGACUAGGAGUGGACAACCGCCGAUUUAGACAACAGCAGUGUGAGACAUUCGCUACCAUUAUCCAGCGCAGGCCUUCCGCCUAUGUUGCCAAAAACUUCAGGAGUUCAAACUUGGCCUCCACCAAAAUGCCGAAGCAGCAAAAUAUCUCAUCGGCACAAUUUGUUUGUGGAUCUAGCAACGCCGCCAAUUAUGUGCAAAGAAAAUAUUACACCCCGAAAAGUAUAAGCCAGCAAGCCGAUGAAACGCCCUCAUCGGACGACGAGGAGGAUCGCAAAGCAGAGUACGACUUCAGGAACGUCAACUCUUCCUUUCCAGAGCAUAGCGCAAUGCAUAUUGGAGUGUCGUGCUUGUCAUCCGCUGCCACAAUUGUACGUGAAUUAGGAGGUCUUGAACAUAUGUACAACAUUUAUACAACACACGGUGCUGAAGUAGUCUGCCUAAUGACAAGGAUAGAAUCAAAGUAUCUAGUGACCAAAGAGAUUGCACUGGAGGCUUUUUUGCUUCUUCUUAGACGUCAUUCCAUUCUGCGCACAUCUAUCAAAACAAAGACAGGAAGCAGAAAUGGUGAGCAAGUAUUUGUUGAAUACCAUCCGUCGCAUUUUGAUUUUGACGUACUAUCUCGAACGGAUUGGUUGGAUGUUCUUUUAGAGCAAGCUUCUCGCCCGUUUCAAGGUUCAGACAAUCCGCUGUUGAGAUGUAGAAUGCUGGAUGCAGGGCCAACUUCUUACAAGGAUGAGAUACAAGAUUUUAACAUGAACCCAAAACCACAAAUUCAUCUGCAACCUCGUGGGUUUUUCGGUUACCAAUCGACUUUUGUCUUUGUUGUUCAUCAUUCUAUUAUGGAUGGAGGAUACUGCCUGUGGAUGUUUCAAGAGUACAUGAAUUUCAUAGACGCAGUUGCUAUGGGAAAUACAAUUCACCGAGUGAAAGAGCUUCCAGUCCUCCCACCAGUUGAAAACAUGAUGACGUUUCCAAGUGAAAAUGGGACUUCAUGUGAAAUAUCAAAUCACAACGACCCACUCUGUUCAACUAGGUUUUCAGUAAAACUUUGCCACGAUUCCAAUCAGGAUCAAUUAUUGAAAGACUAUAAUGUGAAAUUUUCAGACGAGAUUAACCUUCUGUCGGACUCUGAACCGAAAAACGGAUGUCUUUCAUUUAAGAUUUCAAUACAAGAUUCGAAACAGUUUGUUCAUAGGUGCAAACAACACCAGUGCCGACCAAAAGGUGUUUUAGCAACGGCGUGGUUAUUUGCACUGCUAGAACUCGUCUAUGAUGAUAUUAGAUCAAUAGAAAUCCCGUUAGAAUAUAUGAUGGAUUUCCGUCGAUUCUGUGAUUUCUCUCUUAUGGGACAAGACGUACCACAUUAUCCGGGUACAGCUGCUAUCCAUGUUCCAUUCGUUGCCCAAAUCCAGCGCCAAAGAGGACCCGUCUUGUCAUCAGAGUUUUGGGAAAUUUCAAAACUGUUUGACAGCUUCCUGACCACCAAUGUGUUUUCAAGAGAUACAUUUGAAUGGAUAAAACACGAAGCUGAAAAAUAUAAAUCAAAACCUCUUCAGCAGGAAACAAAAGGCAAAUCGCCGUACGUUUUAUGCAUCUCAAACAUGGGUGUGUGCGAUGGGGUUCUACACGAUGACGUCAAUUCGCGCAUGCGCCUGGUUGGACUUCAUGGUCAUUCGACAGUACUUAUUGACGAUAUGCCAUUGUUCUUUGUAACAGUAUUCACGUUGAACGGAAAGCUUUGCGGAAACGCAAGUUUCUGUGAAAGCUACACGAGCAGUGCAACAGCAAUGAAGUUGAUAGGACUUUUUAAAAAAUACAUAACUUUGAACUCGAAGUUGUAAUCGGUGGUCCAAAAUAUGUAACAAACACUAACAUUUUUGAGCGAAAAGGUAACGCUUUAUAAGAAAAUAAAAAAAAAUAUUGCUAUUACACUUAUUGGUAUUAAAUGAGAAAUUUUAAUCGUGGCCAACGAUCAGAAAUGAUAAGUUAAUACACUCAUCAUGUCUACUCUAUUUUGAGAAAUAUAACGUCGAAUUGUUAUCAUUGAGAUUUGAUUUGUUGUAGUUUUCACGUCGGAAUGAUUAAGAAGUGUAUAUAUCUUGCACAGGAAAUUCAAAUAAACAACACAUACGUUAAUAAUAAAAUUAAAUGUAUAAGUAGAUUGCAGUCAGGUGUAAAGAAAUGUAUACAAUUGUAUUUUAGUAAAUAUCAAUAAUCGCAAUCACGUUGUCUCACAAUCACGUUGUCUUGUUAUUUUGUUUAAAUUUUUAUAUGAUUGCAUAUGUUUAUACUAAGUGUGUAUGUGAAUUGAAGAGGCCUGGUUAUUAAGUGUAUAUGUGAAUUUAAGUGGCCUGGUGUAAUAACU